AAAAGCUCAGCACCAGUCGUUUUGGCAUAGAAUUCCGACUACUGUCUCAUAACUCUUUGCUCUUUGCUUCAAUCUUUUUGAGGUGUGUGACAAUGGCGGACGAGCUGGUUCUGCUGGAUACCUGCCACAGCAUGUUUGGGAUGAGGGUGAGGAUCGCGCUGGCUGAGAAGGGGAUCAAGUACGAGUAUAAGGAGCAGAACCUGGCGAACAAGAGCGAGCUGCUUCUCAAGAUGAACCCGAUUAACAAGAAGAUCCCCGUUCUCAUCCACAACGGCAAGCCGAUCUGUGAGUCCCUCAUCAUCGUUCAGUACAUUGACGAGUUCUGGAACGACAGGUCUCCGUUGCUGCCUUCUGAUCCAUACCAGAGAGCUCAAGCCAGGUUCUGGGCUGACUUUUUUGAUCAAAAGGCGGUGUAUACUGUUGGAAAGAAGUUAGGUACAACAAAAGGAGAAGAGCAGGAGGCAGCAAAGAAGGAAUUCUUGGAAAUAUAUAAGACAAUGGAGAGGGAGCUUGGAGAGAAGCCUUACUUUGGGGGUGAAAAAUUCGGGUAUGUGGACAUUGCUCUCAUCACAUUCUACAGCUGGUUCUAUGUGUAUGAGACUUUAGGGAAAUUCAGCAUGGAGGCAGAGUGCCCCAAGAUUAUUGCAUGGGCUAAGAGGUUCAUGCAGAAGGAGAGUGUCGCCAAGACUCUUCCUGACCAGAAGAAGAUUUAUGAGCGUGUGUUGGAGUACUUGCAUGGACUAAAGUAAUUGUAGUCACGUUUGUCGUUUGAAGUUGUUGGAUUGUUUGGUAUGUGUCCUGAGCAUGUUUUAUUACGUUGUUGUGUCUGCUAAUUAAGUGUUUGAUGAAAUUGUGACUUUCUAGUUUGUACCAUAGGAGUAAGAAAGGCACUUUGUUGUGCCUUCUUAAUGUUAUGUUAGAUGAAAAUAAAAUUGUGCCUUUCUA